GAACGAGGCGGACGGGCGACGCGCGAGAGCCGAACGAGCCGGAGCUCAGGCGUCGAGCAGGCAUGGACAUGAUGCUCCUGGUGCAGGGCGCUUGUUGCUCCAACCAGUGGCUGGCCGCGGUGCUGCUGAGCCUGUGCUGCUUGUUGCCUUCCUGCCUGCCGGCCGGGCAAACUGUGGACUUCCCCGGGACAGCUGUGGACAACCUGGUGGUCAGGAAAGGGGACACGGCGGUGCUGAGGUGUUACUUGGAAGAUGGAGCUUCAAAAGGUGCCUGGCUGAAUCGGUCCAGUAUAAUUUUUGCAGGAGGGGACAAGUGGUCAGUAGAUCCUCGAGUUUCAAUUGCAACAGCAAAUAAAAGGGAGUACAGCCUCCAGAUACAGGAUGUGGAUGUGUCAGAUGAUGGUCCAUAUACCUGUUCAGUCCAGACCCAACACACACCGAGAACAAUGCAGGUGCACUUAACAGUAAAAGUUUCUCCAAAGAUAAGUCAUAUCUCAAAUGACCUCGUGGUGAAUGAAGGAAGCAACAUCACCCUGGCUUGCUUGGCUACAGGGAAACCAGAGCCUUCCAUUUCUUGGAGACACAUCUCUCCAUCAGCAAAACCAUUUCAAAGUGGACAGUAUCUGGACAUCUUUGGAAUUACAAGAGACCAAGCUGGGGAAUAUGAGUGCAGUGCUGAAAAUGAUGUCUCAGUUCCAGAUGUAAAAAAAGUAAAAGUCACAGUAAACUUUUCCCCAACAAUUCAGGAAAUAAAAUCCAGUGGAGUGACGCUUGGAGGGACUGGAUUCAUAAGAUGCGAAAGUGCGGGUGUUCCUUCCCCAGCUUUUGAAUGGUUCAGAGGAGAAAGGAAACUGAUCAAUGGACAACAAGGGAUUACUAUUAAAAGCUAUAGUUCAAGAUCCUUUUUAAAUUUCAACAAUGUGACAGACGAGCAUUUUGGCAACUAUACGUGUGUCGCUUCCAACAAACUAGGCACAACCAAUGCCAGCCUGCUUCUUAACCAAAUUAUUGAGCCUACUACUACUAGCCCUGUCUCAAGCCCAGCUCCAAGUACGAACCAACUUGGAAUCACCGGGGGCGCAGAAGUUCUAUUGUCCUGCUGGUACCUUGUCUUGACACUGUCCUCUUACACCAGCAUACUGUACCUGAAGAACAUCAUUCUACAAUAAAUGUAAAGAACCAUGGAAUGCUUAUAAGGAUUCUUUGAAAGUGCUGAUGACUGGAUCCAAUCUGGUAGAGUUUGUUAAAAAGCGGCGUGGGAUAUAAUCAGCAGUGCUUAUAUGGGGAUGAUCGCCUUCUGUAGAAUUGCUCAUUAUGUAAAUACUUUAAUUCUACUCUCUUUUUUUAUUAGCUGCAUUACCUUGUGAAGAAGUACACAUUGUCUUUUUUCUUUUUCUUUUCCAAGACGUGAAAACUCUGAAAAUACUUUUAGAGGAUAUUAAUUGUGAGUUCAUGUUUGUAAUCUAUAACUUUUCAAAAGCAUUCAGUCAUGGUCUGUUGAUUUGCAGACUGUAGUUUACAUAAAAAGAACCCAAGAUUGCAGUUUAAAAAAAACAUGAUCUUUAAGGCUGCAAUACAAGCAUUCAUUUCCCUCUUUAAAUAAGAUUCUAUCUACAUUGACACAGAAUCUUUUUUUUUACAAAAAUGCUAAAUAAUAUGCCUUCAAAUCAUUUCUUCAGAAAUAGAACACAUAUCUAGAUUUUCUUCUAGCAUGAUACUCAGAUUUCAAGAAUGAGCUUUGUACUAUGACUGCACUGUGCAGUUAUGCUUUGGUUUUGAUUUCCUUGUCAGUUCAGCAUGGGUGUGCCUUCAUAAGAUACUGCUUUUCUCUUCCUCUCUAACAUAUGGGAGAUAGAUAUGUAUAUAUAUAUUUUGGUAGAUGCUACGCUGAAGAGUACCAGAUCUCUUCUUAAGGAUAAAGGUGCUAUUGGCUGUAAAAUAAAUACCACCAGUGGGUAAAGGAACUACUCCAAACACUCAGCACAGCAGACAAAGUGAAUGGAAGGUACUUGCAGCACAUGUUCCAAAUGUACAAAAACAGGAGAUAACUCUCAGAGACUUCUUUGUGAAUGUAACAUCUUUGCUUUGAUCAUUCAAAGUUCAGAACUUCUAAAAGGUUAUGGAGGAAAUGACCAUUCCUUAACCACCCCUUUGUUUUUGUGUACUUUUUAUAAUUAGUGACCAAUUUUACAUAUCAGUAUCGUUCUUCUUGUUGAAUUUCUACUGUGCCAAUUUAGCUCACUUAGAGAAAAUAAUGCUUAUGUACAAAAAUUUUAACAAGGGUCAAAAUGUCCAUCACAUACAGGUUCCUAAAACAUGCCCUUAUGAAUAACAGCAAUCAUUCAACCAUUUCUGCUUGGUUAAUAUACCCUACAAUUUCGACAUCUUCUCCCCAAAUCAAUCCACAUAAACAAUAGCCCAUUGUUUUGUCUUAUACCCAAAAUAUGGUUCAAAUAAUUUCUCAAAUGCCUGCUGUGGCUCUUUGUCUCGUGUAAGCCAUAUUCCUACCUGUUGUGGGGAUGAUUUCUGUAACUGUUGUGCUCCAUCAUUAUUAUGCCACACAGUAUUAAGGGGAGGAAUGUGGAGAAAUUCAAAUGAACUCACCCUUCACUUUAGAGAAAGAAUGUUUAAAAUAUCCUGUAAACACACACAUUGAGCAGUAAGACAGCUGUUUCCUCCUCACUGAGAUCACGUGUUAAGAAAAAUAUAUUCUCUCACAGUGUUGUCCUUCCAGGUUCAUAAAUCUUUCACAGUUAGGUGCCUGAGAUAUCAGAUAUGCAAACAAAGGCAUGCUAAAAUCAGGCUACUUUGCCAAAUGUAUCUUGAGGCAAGCAUGUGUCUUUUCUUCUUAAAGGCACUCUUCUUCUAAUGACAUGUUAACUGUACUGUCUAUCUUAGUCCCCACACGCAAUUAUGAGAUGUUGCAUGACACAUAUGUUUGCUGACACUAAAACAUUCUAUGCUUCUUUUAAUACGUCAUGGUUUUCUAAACUUGUAUGCCAUUACAAAUUCCCCUUCAGGCCAAAUUAUUGCUGAAAAGAACUUAAAAGUUACUGAAGCUAAUCUAGUAAGCAACAUGUAUUCCCAUGGUUGUAAAAGUACUGUGAAUACCCUGCCUAGGCUAUUUCUGUUAUUCCUGAAGCCCCCAAAAGAAAACAUAAUCCACACUGAGUUUUUAAAAACUUCCCUCCAAAAAUGGGAGAAUAAUACCUCAAUUUUUUUUCUAAAACAAGGUGUGCCCCACAAAAGUUUGUUUCAGACAAAAGGAAAAAAGAAAACAUUUUUAAAAACUACAAUAGUGAUUCUGGUCACUUCCUGUUUGAUUUAGGAAGAAAUGUGCCCUCCAGAAUAUGUUCAACCCUUCUGUAAAAGCGCCAUUAUAAGAAAGAGGGCGGGGGGGGGAACCUAAAGGAAUGGAAGAAAAAUAUUUCAGGCUGGUAGUACAGCAGCCAGUAGACACAUACACCGGUAGAUUAACAAAGGAAAAAAUGGCACCUGAAAAAAUGGAGGACAUCUUCAUCCAAAUGGUAAUCUUAUAUGAAAUAAGAAAAGCACCGGCAAAAGCUUUUCUUUGGAUUUAGCGUGUUUUUUCCACAAGAACAAACACUGAGAAAUUGUUCCUUGCUGCUUGACUGCGGAUGUAUAUGUUUUCCCUGGUUCAGCAUGAGAGAUAACAGCUUGUCUGUUUAAUUGAAGUUGCAAAGAACUGCGCAGCAAAGUGCAACAGAGUAACUAGUGAGGAUAUAAGGUGAGCUCUUGUAUCUCAAAAUGGGUUUGCAUAGGCAUCAAGUUCUCAAGAACAAAUUUAACUGUGACUUCAAAAUAAGGACACGUAGCCUAUUAAGUAAUUAUGUCACCCUUUCUUAAUUCUAUAAAAGAUAGAGGAGACAGGGUUUAAGAUGUGCCAAGUGCAAGUCUUUGAGCAUUCUAAUCUCACUAUCACAAAAUGUUGUCUUUUGCACAUAACGUCCACCGAGCUUGUUUUCAAAGCUCUUGUUGCAAGUGAGGGCAUCAACCCAAUCAGCACACAAGCACCCUUUAUAUAACAUCUACAUUAUGCAUUUCUCUAUCUCCUUGGUUCUCAUCUUCACAAACAACA